AUGGCAUCUACAGAUGGGAAUCUCCUCAAAGGUGCGCCUUUCUCCAGUCAAGACCAACCAUUUCUCCCCUCCCGAAGCGCCUCAUUCUACAACCCUCUCCAUACCUUCGACCUACCAAAAGGCGCUGAGAAAAAUUACGGGCAGCAAUAUGCAGAUAUGUACUUCUUACGGCUUUCGCAAUUGCGACCGUCUAUUGUCCAACAGGCGACGGAGGCAUGGAGGGAUUUUGAGCUAGCAGGAGAGAAAGCGAAAAUGGUAGACCGAGUACUCGAUGUUCGACAGGGCGAGCUGUGUUGGGUUGUUGGCACGGUGUAUAUGGAAAUGGGAUUGAAACCCAACAUCUUGGAUGAUAUAGCAAAAGAACACUGGAUCGCUGCCCCACCCUCCCGCAAAACCUACAUAUCACCUACGGGCCUCGACGAAAUGAUGCUAGAAGACGAAUCCGGCCGUCUUCGCAUCAUAGGCGAGUCGCUAAACUCGCACUACGUGACAGGCUGCGUCCUCGCCGCGCUCGGCACUGAGCAAGCAGACGGCUCCUUCCAAGUCAUCGCAACGCAAUACGCGGACCUCCCGCGACAACCACAGCGCUGGGAACGGGACGAUUCUGCGCUCACCGUAUCUGGGAAGAAGAGGAGCACAAGCGUGGGCGUGAAGAGAGAGAAAUCAGGGAAGGUGGCGAUUGUGAGUGGACUGGAGAUUACAGGCACACAGGACGAUGAUAUGGGGUUGGAUUUGCUGGUUGAGUUUUUGACCGGCGAGGUUGGCGCGCAUGCAGAGCAAGAGAAAGCAGCUAAGAUAACGAGGUUGAUUAUCGCUGGGAAUAGCUUGUCGCAUGCAAGUCCGAUAUUAUCACGCGAGGACUUCAAUGCGAGGAAGGGGAAGAAACAUUACGGAUACGACGCUUCCAGCUAUAACGCCACGCCGUCCGAACGCUUCGAUGCUCUCUUGUCUGACGUCCUGCCUUCGCUGCCCGUCACGCUUAUCCCUGGCGCGUCGGAUCCAGCGAAUGUUGCACUACCACAACAACCGUUGCAUCCAGCGCUGUUUCCCCAGAGCAGACAGUACGCGAACCCACCCGUCAAGAGUAACGAGAGCCGCGAAGGACUCGACAGCGUGUCGAAUCCGUGGGAAGGCGACAUUGACGGGUGGCGAGUGCUAGGAACUGGGGGGCAAACCGUCGACGACCUCUUAAAAUACGUUGAAGAUGUCGAGGCCAUGGAUGUUAUGGAGAUGAUGCUUCGGUGGCGGUCUGUAGCACCAACUGCACCAGAUACACUAUGGUGCUACCCCUUCCAAGACGACGACCCACUCAUCGUAAAAGAUUGUCCACAUAUCUACUUUGUAGGGAACCAAGCAAAAUUCGAAAAACGCGUUAUCGACGGCCCAACAGGGCAGAAAGUUCUUCUCAUCUCUGUGCCUAAGUUUAGUCAGUCGAAGACGGCGGUGUUGGUGGAUAUGGAAACACUGGAUGUUGAGACGGUCGGUAUGGUUUCCAUACAGCCAGGUUCGUAGGAUUGGAAGCUGUUGUGCUGGUUGCAUGGGACGGUGUAAAUGUCGAUGGCAACGGGAACGGGAAAUACUCUGAAUGGC